AUGGAAGCAGCAAAUGACUUGUGUCCUGAGAAAGCCGAUUUGUUUGGAAGUAUCAGCCUUUCUGCAAGUUCAGUUGUGCGGAGAACAGAAGAACUUGGAGAGAACACAGUGCUACAGAUACACGAGAAAGCUAAGAACUUGUUGUGGUAUUCUCUGGCGCUGGAUGAGUCUACUGAUCUCUCGAGUACGUCACAACUUCUCGUGUUCAUUCGUGGUGUCAAUUUGGACUUUCAGAUAACGGAAGAGUUGGCAUCCGUUUGCAGCAUGCAUGGAACAACAACUGGAAAAGACAUUUUCAUGGAAGUGCAAAAAACUUUGCAAGACUAUAACCUUCAGUGGAAUCAGCUUCGAGGUGUUACAGUUGAUGGAGGAAAAAACAUGGCUGGAGUGAGGAAGGGUCUGGUGGGGCAGAUCAGGACUCAGUUGGAAGAUUUGCAAAUUCCGGGCGCUCUGUUCAUACACUGCAUCAUACAUCAGCAAGCACUUUGUGGGAAAGACUUAGAUAUUUCUUGUGUACUGAAACCAGUCGUUUCUGCUGUGAACUUCAUUCGGGGACAUGCACUCAAUCACCGUCAGUUCCAGGCUUUUCUUGAAGAAAUUGAUUCUGAUUUCUGUGACUUGCCUUAUCACACAGCAGUGAGGUGGCUCAGCUGCGGUAAAGUCCUGUUUCGUUUUUACAAGCUCCGAAACGAAAUAGAUGUUUUUCUCACUGAAAAAGAUAGAGCUGAUCCACAGCUGUCAGAUCCUACCUGGCUGUCAAAGUUGUCAUUUUUGGUCGACAUCACAUCCCACAUGAAUGAACUGAACUUGAAACUUCAGGGAAAGGAUAACCUCGUCUGUGAUCUCUACAGAAUCACCAAAGGAUUUCGGAGAAAGCUGUCAUUGUUUGAAGCACAACUGGAAGGAGAAAACUUCUCUCAUUUUCACUGUUUCAAAGAGUUUUGCGCUACAAUCGCUGAAGAUGUCAACCUCGAUUUUCCGAAAAAAAUUAUUCGUGACUUGAAGAAGCAUUUUUUGAAGAGAAUUUCAGAUCUUGACAGAAUUGAGAGUGACAUUCUUCAGUUCCAGAAUCCGUUUGAUUGUAACCUUGAUGAUGUGCCAGUUGAACUACAGUUGGAGCUCAUUGAUUUGCAAGCAAAUGACUUGUUGAAAGAGAAGCACAGAGAAGGAAAACUUGUUGAAUUUUACCGCUGCUUACCUGAUGUUGAGUUUCCGAAACUGAAGAAAUUUGCCGCUGAUAUGGCAUCAGUGUUUGGAACAACUUAUGUCUGUGAGCAAACAUUUUCAAAAAUGAAGUAUGUGAAGUCAACACAUCGAACGAAAUUGACUGAUGAACAUUUGAAAGCAAUUCUCUUGAUUGGAUGCAGCAAUUCCAAACCAAACAUUGAUGAUAUCUUGAAAGCCAAACGUCAGUUUCACAAAUCUCACUAA